GUAGCAUCCAACCAGAAAUUCCAUCUGCAUCAUCGUCCGAAUUCCCCUUCGCCUACAUCCGCACCAUUUCGCAGCUGCAUUUUGCACCAUCACCUUUUCACCCGUCAGCAGCAGGGCCACUGGGCUUUGGACCCCCACGCACGUCGUACGUGCCACUACCCAGGCUGCCGCCCUUUAUUCAUGUGGUAGCAACAAGUACCAGAUGUCUGCUCCCCGCCUCUCGAGGACCGCCUCAGCCCACCCCAAAAAUGUCGUGACAAGGCCCGCCGCCCGCCGGUCCAGGUCCUUCCUCGCAGGCUUCCUCCCCGCUGCCGCCCAAGCAACAACAUCAUUACCAGCCAAAGCACAAUCGUCGAGCACCUCGAAAUCCCUGACCACCCUCCAAGAGGCCAACACUCGGAACCUGCCAGAAGUAUGGUUUAGCCCGACCUUCCCCUAUGCAAACACCACGCCGCCCCUGGGCCAGGGACCCAACAAACCCCCAGAUGAUCGCAAGGCGAAGCUGGGCAAGACUCUGCGUGUCCUCCAGGAACGCCUCCCAACCCUGCUCCAGUCCCCCCUCCCGCACGAGAUCCUCGCGCCCAACAUCUCGCUGCACCUCUUCCCGUCGACCCACCCGCACCUUCCGGCCGUCUCCGGCCGCAUGGCCUACAUUGCCGCGUUGUGGACGGCACCCGUGGCGUGGAACCGCAUCCCCAUCAUCGGCGACGUCCAGCUCGAGAUAAUGUCAGAGCGCAUGGUCAAGGAGCCCGGGACAAGGCAUGGCGCCGUCAGCGAGAAGCUGGUGGUGAGGUGGAGGACGACAGGAAAAGGUAUCGGGUGGAGACUGCCCUUCCGGGACGCCGAGCAGGCGGCCAAGGAGUUCUGGGGCCUGUUCAUCUUCGAGUUCGACGGCGAGGGCAGGGUGCUCAGCCAUACGAUCGAGCACGUCCAAUCCGAAGGUGACUGGGACCGAGGCAUCGGGGCGAAAUUUGUCGGACUGACUGACUGGCUCCUUGGGGGCAUGAGGGGGAGAGAGGGGUGUCCCGCCUUUGAGAUACAUGAUGACAAACGGCCUGCGCAACGGCGCAGAUGACAAGGAGCAAUGUUCGGGAAGCCGGCGUCCAGCGAUGCGGGCCCGGAGAGCUCUCUGCGUUUAAGACUAAAUUUGAUAUCCCUACGCCGUCACAUCCCUCAGUGUCAGUUACACCCCUGCGGCAACUAUGAGAGGGCAAAACAAAAACCAGGUAUAUGCACCGCCCAUCAGACGCUCCCACCUACGCCUCAGAUAACAAGGUGAAGACCAGGCCAGCCAGCCAGCCACUCAAUGCAACGCCAAGGACCCUUCUUUUUACACAUGCUCGGCAACAAAGUCGGCGAGGGAGUCCUCCCUCACCAUUAGAAUCUGCCUAUCCCUCAUCCUGCUGGUCACAAUGCUGGUGCCGUUGAUCCACGCCCACCAGAUCUUCUGCACGACAUUGUCGGUGGAACUUGGCAGGCAGCCAAUCAUGGUGUGCCUCUGAAGGUCCUCGUCGGUGCUGGUGAUCAGUAGCCGCCGGGCGCCGGUGAAGGAGUCGAGCACGUGGAACAGACAGCCAAAGAUCUGCUCGCUCUCAAUCUCACCGAAUCGCAACUCCUCAAAGGCACAGGCGACGUGCCUGACGCGGCGGGCGUCGGCGCGGUCGAGGAAGUAGACCAUGGGCGCGUUGAUGUUGCUGCUGUCGUAGGGCUCCAGCUCGCCCAGCAGCAGCAGCGUGUCGCGCGAGAAGUCGAACCACACGCGCGCCGGAGCGGACCGGGGGCGCGCCAGCAUGGCCGGGACGCGCCAGGCGAAGGCCCGCUCGUAGCGGCGGAGGGCGACGGCACGCGCCUCGUGGCAGACGCGCAGCAAGACGGGCGCGGCGGGCAGGCUGGGGCGGCGGGCCAGCUGUGCGCGCUUGUCGGCGGCGUUUUCCUCGUCCAGGCAGGCCGCGAUGACAACGCGCGGCUGCAAGACUUGCUCCCAGAUCUUGAGCCGCAGCUCGACGGGCAGGUGGCCGAAGCAUGUGAAUGUGGCUGGGGAGGCGGCCGCGGCAGCAGGCCGCCGGUCCCGGCCGCCGUCGUAGUGGCCGUCGCUGCAGACCUGGAACUCGAGCCAGAACGACUUUUCUGGUCCCUGGUCCCUGGCUCUGCAGCCGCGCAGUGACACUGACAUAAUAAGCACAGGAACGAGCGGUUUGGGGGGGAGGGGGAGGGGAUGGCGGGAGAACAAGUCUGUGUUUGGGCGGUGGAACGAGCGAUUCACGGGGAACUGUGGCUGAUAUCCAGGACACAAUGGAAUCCGGGGGUGGCGUUGCAGGACCAAGCUUUGGGAAAAGACAGACGUCACGGCAUUCGGGAGCCCGGACGCGAUGCAACCAUGCCCAUCUCGUGCCCCCACUUAAAAUGCCUAUCCGGGCUUGCCCGUCCACGCUUACAUGAACUGGGCACCUCGGUACCUGCUUGUUGAGUGAGUGCCCAAGUACUUGAGGUACCUAGGUAUCUAGGCGAGGUUCCCAGGCAGGUAAAUAGUUUCCAACCCGGGCCCCUGAUCAUUGAACGUGCUGAGGGCAUCGUCCUUGAGGUCCAUCUGGAGACCAUUCUUGUCCCUAGCAGAGAGGCCGUUGCAGAUCUUCCCAGUCCCGCCCGAGUAGUGGGCCAGCCCACUUCUCUUCUAGAAG